CACUAUCACUCCCACCCUCUGCCCCAGAAAUCCACCCUGCCCAGCACCCAUCACCAUCACCAGAGGCCCCUGUAAGAAGGACUUACUGGGGACUUUCACUUCUGCUUCCCCAACGGCUCAGGGUCCAGCGGGAGAGUCCCCAGCUUCCACCCACCCAAAGCCAGGCCCCAAGUCUAGACACAUGUCCUCCACUCCCUCCCCCAGAGAUGACUCGGGAAGGUGACCAGCUCAGGGACCCCAAACGUCAGGCGAGCCCCUCAGGAAAGAGUGAGUUCAAGUGGGCGAGACGGGGGUGGGGAGAGUCCAGAAAAGGAAAAUGAGUAGUGUGGGUCUCAGAAGCUCAUUUCAUGCAUCAGUCCCCCGGGGCUCAGCUUCCGCCUUCUGCCCUUGCCGAGUGCCAGACACAGUGUCUGGGGAAUGAGCGUGUCCCAGGGCAGGUCCCCGUGCCUGAGAUGCUCCCACCACUGCUCUUGGCUGUACUGUGGGCCGGGUCAUGGGCUCAGGAUCCAGGUUUCCAGCUGCAGGUGCAGGAGUUGGUGAGGGUGCAGGAAGGCCUGUGCGUGGUCGUGCCCUGCUCCAUCUCCUAUCCCGCCAUAGGCUGGGUUUCCUCCACCCCGGCUUACGGCUUCUGGUUCAAAGACCAGACCGCCACAGACAGUGGUCUGCCAGUGGCCACAAACAAGCCGGGUCAAGACGUGCAAACACACACCGAAGGCCGGUUCCAGCUCCUUGGCAAUGUCAGACAGAAUUGCUCUUUGCUCAUCAGAAAUGUACGUAUGGAGGACAGUGCAUUGUACUUCUUUCGCUUGGAGAGAGGCCGUUACGUGCGAUAUAAUUUCAUGGAAUACAAGUUCCGUCUGGAGGUGACAGCCCUGACUCAGAAGCCAGAGAUCUACAUCCCAGAGACUCUGAAGCCUGGGCACCAGGUGACACUCAUCUGUAUGUUUGACUGGCCCUUUGAGGAAUGUCCAGCCCCUACUCUCUCCUGGAGGGGGGCCGCCGUCUCCGCCCACGAGGCCAGACCAAGAGCUUCCUACCUCUUAGCCCUCACCUUCACACCCAGACCCCAGGACCACGGCACUAAGCUCACCUGUCGAGUGGACGUCUCCAGAAAGGGACUGAGCACAGAGAACACCGUCCUACUUAGCGUGGCCUAUGCCCCCAAAGACCUGGUUAUCAGCAUUUCCCAGACCGAUGUAUCAGCCCUGGAGCCGCAGGGAAACAGCCCCCAUCUGGAAGUCCAGAAAGGCCAGUUCCUGCGGCUGCUCUGUACAGCUGACAGCAUGCCGCUUGCCACACUGAGCUGGGCCCUGCAGGACAGAAUCCUCUCUUGGUCCCACCCCUCGGGCUCCAGAACCCUGGAGCUGGUGCUGCCCCGGGUGAAGGCAGAGGAUGCGGGUCGCUACACCUGCCGAGCUGAGAACGGGCUUGGCUCUCAGAGCCGCAGCCUGGAGCUCUUCGUGCAGUAUGCCCCAGAGGACCUGAAAGUGAUGGUCUCCCAAGGAAACAGGACAGUCCUGGAAAACUUCAGAAAUGGCACAUCUCUUCCGGUCCUGGAAGGCCAAAGCCUGCGUCUGCUCUGUGUCGCUCACAGCAACCCCCCAGCCCGGCUGAGCUGGGCCCGAGGGGGACAGACUCUGAGCCCCUCCCAGCCCUCAGAUCCUGGGGUCCUGGAGCUGCCUCAGAUACAAACAGAGCAUGAAGGAGAAUUCACCUGCGGAGCUCAAAACCCUCUGGGCUCCCAAAAUAUCUCUCUGAGCCUCUCCGUGGUCUACCCCCCGCAGCUGCUGGGACCCUCCUGCUCCCUGGAGGAUGAGGGUCUGCACUGCGACUGCUCCUGUCGAGCUCAGCCGGCCCCCUCCCUGCGCUGGCGGCUGGGGGAGGGGCUGCUGGAGGGGAAUUUCGGCAACGCCUCCUUCAAGGUCACCUCCAGCUCGGCUGGGCCCUGGGCCAACAGCUCCCUGAGCCUCAGCGAGGGGCUCAGCUCUGGCCUCAGACUCAGCUGCGAGGCCCUGAACGUCCACGGGGCCCAGAGCGCCACUGUCCUGCUACUGCCAGAUGAGAAGGGAUUCGCCUCCAAAGCGUUCUCCAGCGGAAUAUUUCUAGGAAUUGGCCUCAUGACCCUCCUUUUACUCUGCCUCAUACUGAUCAUCGUGAGGACUCUGAGGAAGAAGUGGACCCAAGCAGAGGUUCCGGCCCCGGCCCCGGGAGAGACUCCGAGGUCCAGGGUCUCACGGAAGAGCACGAUCCUGCAUUACAUCAACGUGGUCCCUAAAACUGGCCCCCUGGCUCAGAAACAGAAAGCCAAACCAAGCAGUCGUUCCUGGGCCCCUGCUCCAGAUACUCACCCCCCGGAACCCAGAAAGAACCAGAAGGAGCUCCAUCUUGUUUCCCACAAUUGUCCAGGACCCAAAUCAUCCCCUCAAGCCCCAGAAUCGGAGAACAACCAGGAGGAGCUCCAUUAUGCUGUCCUCAACUUCCCAGGCCUCAGACCAUGGGACACCCAGAGGCUCAAGGAUACUCACCCAGAAUAUGCUGAAAUCCAGUUCCACUGAGGGUCUACUGG